AUGUCAAGCCAAUUCACGCGGUCCGCAUGUACUCAAGGUGCUGUCUACGUGUUUAUUAACAUAGACCGCGUGUUACCUCCUAAACUGUCCGCGUCCAUUAUCGGCAAACAGAAGAGUUGCAGUCUAAUUCACGCGAUCCGCGUGUACUCAAGGUUUGACCACAACUUAAUCCACCAAAAACCCGUAGUGGCCCUUCCUCCUUCCCACUUCUUCUUCUUCCUUUCCCUAACCUCCAUCAGAGCACCCCCAUCUCCACCACUAAAACUCAGUUUCCCGUCAAACCGCCGGUCGGAAUUUCACGAGACCACCGCCAUUAUUCACCAAAUUCAAAGUUCUACAAACCCCACAAAAAACCACUCUGAUCUGUUGCUAUAUUUCAGGGCGCCAACACCACUCCAUUGCCACUUUUCGGCCGAUUUCCGGCCAACUGCGGCCACUUCUCGCGAUUCCGACACCACCAUUGUACUCCUCUUGGAAAAGGCUACAAACCACACCAAAAAUAUUUCCCAAAGCUCGCCGGAAAAUUUUGUCGGAAUUUCAAACCAUUGUCGGAUUCAUCGGGUUUUCGCGGUGAAUUGCUUCUCCCGGGAUAUUGAACAAAGCUUAAAGCUUGGGGAAGCGCCCGGCUGCUGCCAAGGCAAGGCCCCGACUAGAAAUCAAAGCGAUGCUCCCGAUAUCCCAAGAUUUCGGGAUGCCAAGGCAGUCGAAAACUACACAAAGAGCUUUCCUAGAAAAGUUGCAUCCACCAAAUUCUUGUGCAAGCCCACGCUUAUAUCACUAGGGGUUCUUGAAGGAGUCACCCAAUUGUUCCGUAACAUUGGGUGGGAAAACCUUCUCAACCUCAUGGCACAUACUUAUGAGCUCCCCACUAGAGAGUUUCUUGCCGAUAGUGGGUACGAUAGCGAAAAAAAGAAAGCCACAUUCCAACUUCUAGGGGACCAAAGGUACAUCGAUUUUGCAACGAUAAACGACAUCUUGGUCUUGACUUCUUCAAACACAUCCACAAUUUUCGAGGUCCUACCGGCUGAGUUCAAUCACGAGACCUUUUGGAUGGAAAUCACCGGGGUAUCUUCUCGUGUGCCGAUCGGGAUAAAGCAACCUCUAUCUAUUGGGGUUUGA